AUGUCGAAUUCGUCCUCGAACGUCGUGGGCGUCCACUAUAGAGUCGGCAAGAAGAUUGGCGAAGGCUCUUUCGGUGUUAUUUUUGAGGGAACAAACCUGCUCAACCAGCAACAGGUUGCUAUCAAGUUUGAGCCUCGUAAAAGCGAUGCACCCCAGUUGCGAGACGAGUACCGCACGUACAAAAUACUUGUGGGAUGCCCUGGAAUCCCUAAUGUCUACUACUUUGGCCAAGAAGGCCUGCACAACAUCCUAGUCAUUGACCUUCUGGGUCCCAGUCUUGAGGACCUCUUCGACCAUUGCAACAGACGGUUCUCCAUCAAGACCGUGGUAAUGGUGGCGAAGCAGAUGUUGUCGAGAGUGCAAACAAUACACGAGAAAAAUCUCAUCUACCGUGAUAUUAAGCCAGAUAACUUCCUCAUCGGACGACCCGGCUCGAAAGCUGCCAAUGUCAUCCACGUAGUCGACUUCGGCAUGGCAAAGCAAUAUCGUGAUCCCAAGACCAAGCAGCACAUUCCUUACAGAGAACGUAAAUCACUCUCAGGAACUGCCAGAUAUAUGAGUAUCAAUACACAUCUUGGCCGCGAGCAGUCCCGACGAGACGAUCUAGAAGCUCUUGGGCAUGUGUUCAUGUAUUUCUUACGCGGUGGCCUGCCAUGGCAAGGACUGAAAGCCGCCACGAACAAGCAGAAAUAUGAGAAGAUCGGUGAGAAGAAGCAGACCACCGCCAUCAAGGAGCUGUGCGAUGGAUUCCCUGAGGAAUUAAACAAGUAUCUGAGCUACGUCCGCAACCUCGGUUUCGAGGACACUCCCGACUACGACUAUCUACGCGAGCUUUUUACGCAGGCGUUGAAGAGUACCGGCGAGGUUGAAGAUGGCGAGUAUGACUGGAUGAAGCUGAACAAUGGUAAGGGCUGGGAAACCCUAAAGAAUCACCCUACGGGGGGUCAUCUCCCACACAACAUCACAGCCACCAACCGUGAACUAGGCGGCCAACGUGCCUCGCGCACCCCGGUUACUCGCGACGACAUCAACAAGCCACUUCCAAGGCCUGGUGCAGCCCGUCAGCCAGGCGGUAUGCGGGCACCACGUGGGCUAGAUUCGAGCAAUUACGACAAGCGGCAGAGCGAGGCGAAGCUCAAUGCCCCGGAAGGAGGUUCGGCAGUUGCACAAUUCCAGAACAGCCAGUCAAAUCUCCAACCAAGAAACAUAAACGCUCAAGGUCAGAUGACCCCGACACCGGCGCAGGCCACCGCGAGGGGACCACAACCUGAACCGAAAGAAGGGGUUGGAAAGAAGAUCAUGAAGGUCUUGUGCUGUGCGUAA